GCACCGAGUCACCAAGCUCGACAGCGGGCGCCGAGUCAUCUGGCACGACAGCGGGCACCGAGUCAUCUGGCACGACAGCGGGCACCGAGUCAUCUGGCACGACAGCGGGCACCAGCGGGCACCGGGGCGCCAAGCUGGACCAUGGACACCGGGUCAUCAGGCUGGAUCGGGUCAUCAGGCUGGGUAACAGAAGGUGGUUUCUCAGACAGCCGGCUGACUGGUUUGGAUACUGGCAGGAUGGUACUGGUUGGAAAGAAUUUUCGCUUCUUCUUGGGUUUAGUUAGUGAAGCACUGCAAGUAAAUGCAGGUCUGUAAACGGAUGGAGCAGCUGAAGACAGGGAAGAGCUGGAGGAUGGAACAGAGGAGGGAGCAGUUGCUACAGAGGACUUCUUUACAGAGUUAAAGGCAGGAUAGGUGCAGCGAGUGGGAGCAGGGGACUGGUAUGUGGUAGUUACCAGAGUAUACUGGGC